UUCCGCGUUGGCAAAUCCGCAGGUGCCUGCCGACUUUUCUCCACGUCAGUUUUGCUUUCUAAACAGGUUAUCCUAGCUGCAUUUGUUAUAAAACACCAAUGCAAUAAAUAAGGCAACAUUCCAGUUAUCCAAAGAACAAAGUUUAUAGUCGCAGCGACAAUGUCAUUACUUGAGACAGAUGACAACUAUGACUUCGUUUUUAAAAUAGUUUUAGUUGGAGAUGUAGGUGUUGGCAAAACUUGCGUGGUUCAACGGUUCAAAACAGGCAAUUUUAUGGAAAGACAAGGAAAUACCAUCGGCGUGGACUUUACCAUGAAGACUAUGGAUAUCCAAGGGAAAAGAGUGAAGCUGCAGAUCUGGGACACGGCAGGCCAGGAGCGUUUUCGGACAAUCACCCAGAGUUAUUACCGGAGCACAAAUGGAGCCGUCAUUGCAUAUGACAUCACCAAAAGAGGAACCUUCAUGGCCGUGCCCAAGUGGAUGGAAGAUGUCAAGAAAUACGGGGGGUCAAACAUUGUUCCCCUGCUCAUUGGUAAUAAGUCAGACCUGGUCGAUCAGCGUGAAGUGUCCUUAGAAGAUGCCCAGACCAUGGCCCACCAGCUGGACUUCCUGGCGGCCAUUGAGACAUCAGCAAAAGACGCCUCCAACGUGGAAGAGGCCUUUACCAAGAUGGCUACCGAGCUCAUCUUUCGCCACGGGGGGCCCAUGUUCAAGGACAAUGUGACGGACAGCUUCAAACUUAACAGCAAAGAUAUGGGGGGAGAGGGUUGGGGGUGUAGCUGUUGACAAGGAGGUGGAGAUAGGGCUCUUGAUGUUAACCGGGAGGUGGGGACAGGCUUGGGGUUGUAAAAGGGGAGUUGGAGAGGGCUGGGGUUGUUAAAGGGGAGUUGGAAAGAGGGUUGGGGUUAUUAAAGGGGAGGUGGAGAGAGAGGCCUGGGGUUGUUAAAGGGGAGGUGGGGACAGGCUUGAGGUUGUAAAAGGGGAGUUGGAGAGGGCUGGGGUUGUUAAAGGGGAGUUGGAAAGAGGGUUGGGGUUA